UUUAUGAGUGCUGCGCGAUGAAGCUCUGGGCGGUCUCUCUCCUCAACGUGGGCGACUUCGAGCAGUACCAUGUUUCGAAGCUCGGGCGUAGCGAAGACCGUGCGAACAGCGGUAGAACUGCGAGAAGCCAUAGUUGCCAAGGACACAGCUCAAGGCUGCGAUGCUGCUGUUAACGAUCUGAAGUCGAGGAGAAAUGGUGUCCUCGAGGGUUUCUUUGACUGGAAUAGGUGUUGCAAAUUUGACAUGACAACUGCGUCAAUGUUUGGGAGGGGUUAUAGAAGAGGCUAGGCGUAAGUGAGGUGAAAUUAAGGUGAAGUGUGAAAGUGAGGUUGAUAU